AUUCGCAGAGACAUGUGACGGAUGGUCUCCGACUUGUUAAAGCGAAAUCAAACUCUUACUUUGAAAUCUUCACCCGGGAAGUGUGUGCAUGUACGAUUCAUGGCGGCAUGUUGUGAAGAAGAGGAAGAAGAAGAAGAGCAGACCCAAACCUCCAGUAGGUGGCGCUGAUGCACCUCAAAAGAUAACCACCAGUAAAGAAGAAGAAGAUGCUUCGCUCAGUUUCCAGUUUACGUUUAAGUCUUAACGUGAAGGUGAAACUUGUCUCUGCUGGUUUCCAGUUCACCUCUGACCUUCUGCACCUUCACCCACCACAGCUCAGCCAAGAGGCUGGUCUGUCCCAGCAGGAGGCGCUGGAGGUGCUGCAGGCUGUGAGGAGUGGAGGUGGGGGGGCGUCAGUCUCUCUCACUGCUCUGGAGCUCCUGCAGAAGGAGGCGGAGACGAGGAGCAUCGUGACCUUCUCCUCUCGACUGGACGCGGCGCUCAGCGGCGGAGUUCCUGUCGGGAAAACAACGGAAAUCUGUGGAACGCCAGGAACCGGGAAAACACAACUGUGUCUGCAGCUGGCGGUGGACGUCCAGGUGCCUCAGUGUUUCGGGGGGGUCGGAGGUCAGGUGGUCUUCAUCGACACAGAGGGCAGCUUCCUGCGUCAGAGGGUCACCGACGUGGGCGGGGCCGCAGUCAGACACUGCUCCCUAUUGGUCGAGGAUGAGGAGCAGCGGGUCGCCAUGACAACCUUCACCGUGGAGGAUAUCCUGUCCAACAUCUUCCUGGUGCACUGUUAUGACCACGUGGAGCUGCUGGCGGAGCUUCACCUGCUGCCCGACUUCCUGUCCGAUCACCCGAGGGUCCGCCUCCUGGUGAUUGACAGUGUGGCCUUUCCAUUCAGACGGUUUGACGACCUGUCACAGAGGACACGCCUCCUCUACGGCCUCGCCCAGCAGCUCUCUGCUAUAGCAACCAGACACACUGUAGCUGUUGUGAUCACCAACCAGAUGACCACGCGGGUGCGGGGCAGCCAAUCACAGCUGGUCCCUGCCCUGGGGGAUAGCUGGGGCCACGCCUCCAACAUCAGGCUCCUCCUCCAGUGGUCAGGGUCACAACGCCUGGCAACAGUUGUUAAAUCUCCAAGUCACGCGGACGCCACCGUCCAAUACCAGAUCAGCUCAGACGGCUUCAGAGACAGUGACCAAUCAGGAGCCGGCUGAUUGGCCUGAGGGUUUUCAAUAUGUGAAGAUGAAGGAGACGAUUCUGCUCGGACACGUUCAUGAGUUUAACUGUAAAUAAAUAACAGACUGUAGAUAUGUUAAAACUGAUUCAAAUAUAAAGUAAAUAAUAAUAAAUAUUACGUUUUCCAUACGGGCGGCUCAGCACAUUUCCCCUUAAGAGCAAGUCUGAUAUUGAGAGGAUGUUUUUAUGUAGUUGACCAUUUUUAUCACAAUGUCGAGAACAUGUUGAAGAUCUGGUUCAAGUGUUUCUCUUGCAGGAGACUCUCUGUGGAUAAUACAGUGUGUGGAAUGUACGUGCGGCUCCACUGGUAACACUCUCUCUUUCAGUCCUGUCCCGACACACACAAGACAGUUUACUGAAGAAGUUUGAUAUAUCUGUGGAGUCAUCUGACUGUAAAGCAUAUUUCCAUUUCUCUGUCCACCAGCUGACACAUUAUGUCCCGGGCCAUGUCGGUGACGCACCGAGCAAUAGUCCCGUUAGACAGCGGCACUGAUUCCAGAUCAUUCCAGCAGCGGGUUUAAUGUUUUGCGAUUGUCUCUGGCUUUUUUGCCUUUGCAAUUAAAUAUGCUAUAUGAUGCCCAUUGAGCUGCGGCUGGGAUUGGCUUUUGAUAUACUAAGGACUUUCUUUUGGUCUUGUAAAUAUUCAUACAAUAAUGGGUUAAAUAUUCCAUUUUAAAUAAUU